CCCCUCUGCCACCCUCGGAGCGAAGAGAAUUGCGAAAACACUUCAACCACCACAACGCAAUCCCAGACGGCACACAAUCACACACAGCCACUGUGCGAAGUCCUUGCCGCACCGUUCAAUCCCCACUUUUUGCUGACUGGCUGCUUCGAGCAUCAACAUCCCGCUUUCGACUGCAGCUUCGUGGCACAACUCAGUCGAUUCCACUCGACUGCACCUCUAUUAUUCAAAGAGGCGAAAUCAGCAAAAGCUCGUUGGUGCACGUGAGCACCCUUUCAAGGUUCGUCGCUGUUCAGUAACCCAUUUGCGACCCGUGUGCCCAAAGCAUACACAUCACGCUAGAGCCACAUCCAACCCUCUGCUCUCAGAAGUCCAUAGUGCUGCAGUAUCGAUUGCAGCACUAUGGCAACAUCUCUCGACCCCGUGGGGGCUUCUAUGCCUGUCCAAACGUCGACCCCGUCCAAACGUGCAGAGGAAGCUGCUAGCCUGUACGAAGAACUCAGAACGCAGCUGUCCGGUCGGAUUUUGGUACGCUCGGGUCCAGCCCCCUCAUCGGAACUCUCUCGGCUCAGUGCUCAGCCUGACGAUUCGCCGCCUGUCUCUUUCACAACGGUGCACGGCAAGGACGGGGAUGCAAGCAGCUCAGACAAGGAUUUCGAUGAAAGCGUUCGUCUUUUCAACAGUGCUGCGAAAUGCCAUUCGACUCUGAUAGUGAAACCAAAGACUUCUCAGGAUGUGUCCAUCACUCUUCGUUUCUGUCGCAAGUAUAGUCUUAGCCCAUCGAUCAAGUCGGGCGGCUACUCGACUGCCGGCUGGGCAACAUCAGGCGAUGUGCUCAUUGACUUUCAGCAGAUGGACGAUGUCAAACUCCUGAAGCCUGAGGGACUGGGUGGCUCUCUUACAUUCUCAGGCCUGGAACCCGCCGUCAAGUCGCCUGAGCCUCUUGAACUGCCUUCUGCAGUUGAUACGCCUUCUGCUGGCGAAUCUCCCUCCAAAGUUCGCAAGGCAGGAGAUGCCUUCAGCGAAAUCGCAGGCGGAGACGCAUCGCGUCAACGAAUUCUUACCAAUGGACACGAAACUGAGCAGCCUAUCGUAUCAUCAUCUCGAAGAAGCGAGAGUGGUGACGGCACGCCAGAAAGCGCAGAAUGGGUUGACAAAGUUGGUGGCGCAGACUUGCCAAGGACCGGCAGCAAUGAGAGUGCGUCUACGACCAGCAUGUCGCGUACCGACUCGACCUCGGUGGACUCUGGCAGUGCCGACGAUCACGAACUAAAGACUGGAUCGGAUGACGCCACGGCAAGGCAAACAUUCCCGCAGCUUGCAUCGUCGAGGGCAGCCGCCUCAGGCCAACAUCUCGGCCGGGAGCCGUCAUUGGACCCGACGCAGGCUCGGAACUUUGGAUCUGGACCCACCUCUGCCUUCGAGCACGAGCGGUGGCACAGGCAUCACCGGCCGCCUACCGCGUCUGGGCUCUCAGCUGGCCGGAUACAAACCACACUACCCCAAGGAGCAUUCGUUUGGCGUCAGGGUGAGGACGCCACCGCUCUCAAUGCUUCAGGUCAACCCUUGCCUCGUGGUCACCCCACGUCACAAGACGCUGGUCCUCGCAGUGCCUCAGGCCCUGAGGCCUCUACGGGCGCCACCCCUGCGAUGAGGUCACUGGACAUUGACAGGUCAACCCAGCGCAAUGACUUCAGCACAUGUGCUCUGCGCCCUGGUAUACACACCGACAAGUACCUCUUGGCUUCAUUUGGACCCGGAGCUUCGAUUCCACAUCUCGAUGCAUACACCGACAAAGCGGGUCGAGUUGGGUUGAUAAGCGAUCUGCACACCAGCUCGGAAGCCGCGGCAAGCAGGCUUUAUCAAAAAGCGCCGCUACCUAUGCCCGACAAUCAAUUUGCCAAUUUUACAGCAGCACCGUACUUCGUUCCAUCAUCCGCAUACCCAGUUGGCGCAGCUUCCAUGGUCACUGGCGGCUUCGGUUUCAUCACGCGAGCCUACGGUCUGUCGGUCGACAACGUGGUGGAACUGGAAAUGGUUCUCGCUGACGGCUCGGUGCACGUCCUAAAUGAUGAGAAUGCAGGGAAAUCAAGUGAUGCAGCAGACCUGUGGUGGGCUGCUCGAGGCGCUGCGACGUGUCUAGGCGUCGUGACGCACAUCACUAUGAGGGCAUACCCAGUUCCGCACGUCUAUGGCGGCAGCAUACUCUUCCCCUUUUCGCCCUCGACCGCAGACGAUCUCGUCAAGCAUUGGCGCGACGUGCUCAAGGGCGACAUUCCGAGGGAGCUCUACGCCAACCUGAUUCUCACCGAAGGGCCCGGUGGCUCUCACGUAAUUGUGAUUCAAAUUUGCGAUCUUCGGGGCCGCACCGCCGAUAGCGAGGCAGUGGUGCAGGCCCUGAGCUCCUGGUCUGGGGAGAGGAUACUUCUGAAGGACAUCGAGGAGAGGCCAUUUCAAGCGCAGAAUCAAUUCAUGGCGCAGGUAUUGCGGGACACGGGGCCUGGCAAAAGGUGGCUAGUCAGGGGCGACUGUCUCGACACUCUUACCGAUGAAUGCAUCGAAGCGACGAUUGCAAACUUUUCACGCUCGACAAAAGGCUCACGCGUCCUCAUCUUCGAGUUGGCAAGAGGCGCGCUCGCAGACGCGGAUCCCGAGUCGGGAUGUAUCAGUCGGACGCAGCGCGAGGCGCGGUACGCUUUGGGUUCCAUCUGGAGCGGGGAUGUCGACGACGAGCAGCACCUGAAAGAAGUUGACUCCUGGGUUAGCGGCACGUCCAAGCACUCGCCAAUCCCUUGUUUCUUGGAGAGAGGAGAGGGACUAGAUCGUGUGCGAGGUAGCUUCGGGCACGCUAACUUUGAAAGGUUACUCGAAAUCAAAAGGCGCGUGGACCCGGAGAAUGUCUUUUGUCACAAUUUCUUGGGCACGCUCAGCAAAGAAGCACGCCGAUGAUACCAUAUCCAACGAGCUUUGGGAUGCAUAGCAUCCUGCUGGUGCCUCUCUGCUCCCACCUCAACGAAACGUGACCGUCGGCCCGUGCGCCGCAGCCUCUGGUGCCGCCGUCUAGCGAAGCUCUCUCAAGUACCCACGCCUCACUGUCACCUUGCACGUCUACUCAAAAUCAAUAAGUCAAAGCAAAUAAUCAGUGAAAGCAGAUAUGUGUGCCAUUAGCCUCGUCUUCACCUCGCAGGCUUCAGUCGCGCGUGCCUCCGCC